AUGCAUUUCUCACACCUCCUCGUGGCAUUCGCCGCCCCUGUCCUGUCCUCCUCCCACUUCAACCCUUUAGAACAUUCCGCCGGGAUCGCACCAUACUUCACCCCGAAUAAUCCUCCGCUCGAACAAUCUCCUCCCCAAGGCUGCAAUGUCACUCGAGCAUCAUAUCUGGUCCGCCAUGCAGCAAUCUAUGCCAAUGAUUUCGACUACGAAUCAUACCUCGAGCCAUUCCUGAAGAAAUUGCAGAACACAACACAAAAUUGGUCUUCGACAAAGUCCCUCAAGUUCCUUUCCAAUUGGACUGCACCAGUCAGUGAGGAGCAUUUGGAAAAGCUUACUCGUGUUGGCUUACAAGAGGCACGCAUGCUGGGAAAGAGUCUUCACAAAAAAUACGCCCAUCUCAAGACACCUGCCAAAGUCUGGUCUUCGACCGCAGACCGCACGGUAAACAGUGCCCAAAGCUUCAUUUCGGGAUUCACAAACAAUCACACCAAGGCGAUCAAUCUCACGCAAAUCGAAGAAAGCAAAAAGGCGGGCGCCGAUUCCUUGACGCCGUAUAAGGGCUGUUCUGCGUUCAGUUCUUCCUACGGCAGUGACCAAUCAUCGGCCUUUGGGAAAGUGUACACGAAACCCAUCAUCAGCCGUCUGAAUGCCGAAGCGCGCUCUUUCAACUUCACUCAAGAUGACAUCACCGGCAUGUUCGAGCUGUGCGGCUACGAGACCGUCAUCAGAGGCUCAUCGCCAUUCUGCUCUCUCAAGCUGUUCAAUUCCGACGAAUGGCUCGGAUUCGAAUACGCUAAUGACUUGAUGUACUUCCACAACACGGGCUACGGCCGCCCGCUAUCUGGUAGCCUCGGCAUCCCGUGGGUGAAUGCCAGUGUUGCAGCAUUAGACGACGAGUCUUCCUCGCAGGAGCUGUAUGUCUCUUUCACGCAUCGUGAACUUCCGCCUACGGUUAUCACCGCGCUGGGACUGUACAAUAACAGCGCAUACUCUGGAUCGAACCAUGUGAACGGUACCAUGCCCGAGCACAGAAUCAACUAUAACCGCGUUUGGAAGAGCAGUGAGAUCCUGCCGUUCCUGACCAACAUUGCUAUUGAGAAAAUGUCGUGUGAGAGUGAUGGCUUCAAGGAGGGAGAUUACUAUCGAAUCUUGAACAAUGCUGGUCCUCAGCCAUUGGUCGACUGUCGGGACGGGCCAGGUGGAAGCUGCUCCAAGACGCAAUUCCAUGAUUUCGUCAAAGGGCGAGUCGAGCAGUUUGGGGAUUAUAAUAUGGCUUGUGGGGGUGAUAGCGACUACCCGUCGUCCUUGUCUAUCUACCAGUCAUAA